AGAAAAAGUGAAAAAAAGAGAAGAAAAAAAGAGAAAAGCAGUGAGGAUUGAGGAAGGAGGUCUUGAAAGUUGAAAGGGAAUUUCCCCCACCCUCUCCGAAUUGGCCUACUUACUCGGAGUGGGAAAAGCCUGGCUGUCGUUCUUUCGGAGAAUGCACGCAGAUCUGAAUCGGGAGUCACCUGAAUUGCCAGCACCAACUAUGCAGGAGUCAGCGGUGAUUGGCCGCAGCUCCUCCGCUUCCUCUUCUUCUUCAUCGACUUCUGUUGAAGUUCAAGCCCCUAGUUCCAAGUCCGAAAUUGGAACGGCAACCAGCGGCAGCAGCGUAAAUGGUGUCCAAGUCAAGGCCAGCGGGGAGGCUGCUGGUAGCAGUAGUAGCGGCGGCGGCGGGUCAGUGAACAACGGAGGCGCUGCCACACAGUCUACAUCAAGUGUCAAAGGCUCGGAACCAACUUCAAAUCAUCUUAGGUUGGAAAGAUCUAAGACUGAAAGGCAAAGACAUCACAACAUACUUGCUGAAGAUGCAGCACAAAUUUUUGAUAACAAGAUCCCUGUCCAGCAAAAGCUUCAAUUGUUGAACAGAAUUGCUACUGUCAAGGAUAAUGGAACUGUAGAAUUUGAAGUUCCAGGAGAUGUUGAGCCCCAAACUCUUGGUCUCAGAGGUGAAGAUAUUUGCUCUGCAGCCACAGGGGAUGAGCCUCUCGAUGGAGCAGAACUUCAGUAUAUACCACCUUUGCAAAUAGUGAUGCUAAUUGUUGGUACACGUGGGGAUGUGCAACCAUUUAUUGCAAUUGGUAAACGGUUGCAGGAUUAUGGUCAUCGCGUCAGACUAGCAACUCAUUCAAAUUUUAAGGAGUUUGUCUUAACAGCAGGGUUGGAGUUUUACCCUUUAGGAGGAGAUCCCAAGAUUCUUGCUGGUUACAUGGUGAAAAAUAAAGGCUUCUUACCAUCUGGGCCAUCUGAGAUACCGGUGCAGCGAAAUCAAUUGAAAGAUAUAAUAUGGUCAUUGCUUCCUGCUUGUAAAGAACCUGAUAUAGAUUCUGGCAUCCCAUUUAAGGCAGAUGCGAUGAUUGCCAAUCCUCCAGCCUAUGGGCAUACUCAUGUAGCAGAGGCACUGAAAAUCCCAAUCCACAUAUUUUUCACUAUGCCUUGGACGCCAACAAGUGAGUUUCCGCAUCCUUUGUCACGGGUCAAGCAACCAGCUGGGUAUCGACUGUCUUAUCAAAUUGUCGACUCACUGAUUUGGCUGGGAAUACGGGAUAUGAUAAAUGACGUAAGGAAAAAGAAGCUCAAGCUACGGCCUGUUACCUAUCUUAGUGGUUCACAGGGUUCUGAGUUUGAUGUGCCACAUGCAUACAUUUGGAGUCCUCACCUUGUCCCUAAGCCUAAAGACUGGGGCCCAAGAGUAGAUGUGGUUGGAUUUUGCUUCCUUGAUCUUGCGUCAAAUUUUGAACCUCCCGAAGAACUCGUCAAAUGGCUGAAGGCUGGUCCAAAACCUAUCUAUAUUGGAUUUGGUAGCCUUUUCCGAAUUCUAUUUCAGCCAGUUCAGGAACCUGAGAAGAUGACGCAAAUUAUCGUAGAGGCAUUGGAACAAACUGGGCAGAGGGGCAUCAUUAACAAAGGCUGGGGGGGCCUAGGCAAUUUGGCAGAACCAAAGGACUCCAUAUAUCUCCUGGAUAACAUCCCUCAUGACUGGCUAUUCCUGCAAUGCAAAGCAGUGGUUCAUCAUGGAGGUGCAGGGACAACAGCUGCUGGCCUGAAAGCUGCAUGCCCAACUACAAUUGUGCCCUUCUUUGGCGACCAACCCUUCUGGGGCGAAAGAGUACAUGCUAGAGGAGUGGGCCCACCCCCUAUUCAAGUUGAGGAGUUCUCACUUACUAAAUUGGUUGAAGCAGUAAAGUUCAUGCUAGAUCCUCAGGUUAAGGAGAGGGCAGUGGAGCUAGCCAAGGCCAUGGAGAAUGAAGAUGGAGUGGAUGGAGCAGUGAGAGCGUUCUUGAAGCAUCUUCCCCGGAAAAAGAAGGGCGAGCCUGACCGAGUUGCAGAGCCAUCUAGCGUAUUCUCCUUUGGUAGAUGCUUCGGUUGUUCGUGAAACGCCCGCUGGUUGGAUCGUCAUCAACAUUUAUGCAGGCGCCAUUGCUGUUUGAUUUGAAUCAUACCGUGUGUGAUACCAAGAUUUCAUUCACAUCUAGCAUUAUAUACCUGGGCUGACGGAAAGUUCUUGUAAUACAAGGGCGGAUCACAAAUCCAUAGCUGCUACACUAUGUAUUUAUCCCCAACUAAAUUAAUUAAUGAAGUGAAAGACCGAUGAUGGUUCUUGUUUGUGAGAAUGGACCAUUCUGCCUCGACCGAAGUGAAAUUGGUCAGGGCUGGUUAUUUGGUUCGGGCUAUUUGGUUUUAUCCGAAACUGGACUGUAUAACUAGAACCGGAAUUGGAUAGUAAACAAUUCAAUACAAUUUUCG